UAUUCCAAACCAAUCAGAGAAACCCGGAAGUCGUCGAUGUACACAUUGAUGUGUGUAAAAUGUAAAAAUUGUUGGAAUAUAAAUGAAAAUGGCACUCAGGAAGAGCAGAAACCCUGAUAUGAGUAUUAACGAUUUAGAUUAUACAAUCGUCUACCAGAUCUGCCAGAAUUUUGACGUUGACAAAGGGUGGGAACACUUAGCUGCUUGUAUUGGCUACUCGGUGCGGGACAUACAGCAGUUUGAGCUUGAGCAUAAUCGACCCCAUGGUAGUGCAUCCAAGAAGAUUCUCUGGGACUGGGGCACCCGCGGGGGAACAGUGCGCAAUCUCUAUGACAAGUUGGCGCUCAUAAACAAGACACAGAGCAUGAGGCUCUUGGAACACAUUGUGAAUCCUGUGCAGGAAAAGAAGGUUGUUGACCUUGAGAAGGUUGAGAAUGGCCCCAGGGAUGUGUCAAGUAUCGAUUCAAAGUUGGACAACAACUCCAUCGAGUCAAACGGGGCCGGCUCCAUAGACUAUAAUCCUGGAGACUUGCCAAUCCCAUCCAUGAAGCCUCGGAACAUGACAAUUAACAUGAACAUGGCAAUGGAGAGCCAGGACAAGCCUUGUAACAAGACAAUGGGAAUGUUGUAUGACCAUUCACCCACGGGUGCUGCAUCUAUGGCUGGACUGGAAACACUCCUUGACGGGCCUGCUAGCUGUAAGGGCAACAUGGGAGCUGCAUCCUCUAGCAUGCAAUCGCUCGAGCGUGUCCGUUCUGUGGUUGAGGAUGGAUGUCAGUCUCCUUACAUGUCGCAGCUCUCAUUUGAGGAACGAGAGAUAGCACACGCUCUCCUCAGCAUGCCUAAUUAUACAUACAAGGAGCUCUCACAGGCAACAGAUGGUUUCAGUGUAAACAAGAAGCUUGGUCAGGGAAAAUACGGCGCUGUCUAUAGCGGGCACGUCAAGAACACCAAGUGUGCAAUCAAGAAACUCUCCAGGGUUCUCGGCAAUGAGGAGAAAUCGGCCAUGCACAUGGCCUCAGAGCUGAAGGCGUUGAGUCGCUACCACCAUGAGAACCUUGUCACGCUGUACGGGUACGCGAUUGACGGGGAUGAGGUGUGCCUUGUGUACCAGUACAUGGUCAACAAAUCCCUACAUGAUUGCCUGCAUGGACAGGUCACUGUGUUGACAUGGGAGCAGAGGUUGGCCAUCUUAAAAGGAGCAGCGUGUGGCCUGCAGUUCUUACACAGUGUGGAAAAGACACCAGUCAUACACGGGGAUAUCAAGAGUUCUAACAUUCUCCUUGAUCGCCACAUGGAGGCAAAGAUUGGUGACCUUGGGUUGGCGCAGCAGGCGACAGGCGGGGAGGUUACUGGGCGACUCACUCACAUCACCCGGGCAACCAUGUGUCACCAUGACUAUGAGAACAAGGCCUACUAUGCUCCUGAGAUCAGCAGGGGAAAUGUUUUCUCUGUGAAGGGAGACACAUACGCCUUUGGAGUGGUGCUGCUAGAGACUCUGACUGGACAGCUUGCCUACGAUGACAGACGAGAGGGCAGCAACGAAGAAAAAUACUUGCAUGAGUAUGUGCAGAACGCCCUGGAAGAGUCCCCAGAUAUGGAGCGCCAGAAGCGGUUCCAGGAUCGUCGCAUGAAGAUAAGCUUUCCGGCGAGGAUGUUUGAGGCAUUGUUCACACUCGCCUUACGCUGUAUUCAGGAAAAGAAGAAAGACAGACCACUCAUGGUUGAUGUUUACAAGGAUAUAGAGACUUGUGAGGCAAUCCAGGGACAUGAUUACACCAAUACUCAAGAAUUAGACACUAGCAUCAAAAAAGGCAAGGAUGGAUGCCAGAGUGGGAAACAGGUUUCCAAGGUCGACCGGUCAAUAGCAGUGGACCAUAUCUCCUUCACAGAGCCUGGGUCUGUGUGUCUGAAAGCACCUCCACCUAAUGCCGCUUCCUCCACCAAGUCCCUGCCCAGCCCCGUGGAUAUGCUUCCAAAGGGCCAGCCAAUCCCUGAGGCCUUCAAAUUGCAGAUGGAGAUUGACAUGAGACAGAAACAGCCCGAAUACUGCAACGUAAAGCAGCUGACCAAUCAGAUGGGAGAUUGCAUGGUCAGCGAGGUGGUGCUAAAGUCAGACACCAAGAAACUUGCGGAGAUAGAACGGUCAAAUAAAGAAUUUAAAUAUAACUUGCCUACCCAGCCCAGCACUGAAAACAAUCAAGAGAUUGGAGCUGAAUUACAGUGUGGAGUUAGUGAAGGAAAAGAUAAAGAAGCUGACCACAAUCCUGGUAUAUAUAUGAAAGCAAAAGAGGUUAUGAUGAGUGACCCAAGAAAGCAAGAGGUCAAACAAGCUGAAAAGCUUGAGUCUCAUCAUUAUGAGAAUGUCGACCCCAUUGGUAAAUCAGGGCAGACUUCUGGCAGUAUGAAAGAGGUGCAGGAAUCAAGCUUUGAGGACAAAUCCCAAGGGCUGGUGAGACAAAAUGCUACAGAAUACUCUUACCAUGACAACAGAGAGGACAUUGAGGAUGGCAAGUGUAGCAGUGGCGAGUCCUUCACAGGUAUGGAGGCGGAACCCUUCAACCCCAUGGACACAGAAAUAGAGGGGAUCAUUAACAUAAAACAUAACAGCUCUAUGAUGGAGUUGUUUAAUAACUUUGAUUUCGCAAAGAAAGACUGUCACCUGGAUGACUUGCCAACAUAUGAAGAAGAUGGAGAGUUUGAGAUUAAUUUUGAAUUUGACCACAAAAGUGAAUCAGAAACCAGUACUGUAACAGAUUCUAUCAAUCAUGAACAAGACCAAGCAAACAGCGAUGAUGAGCUGUUUCGACAGGGCAGUCAUGUGUCAUGCAUGGAGGAUGAAAAAAUCUCAAACAACAUGAUCGUGGCCCCUCAGCUAGACGACCACCACAGGAGGUUUGCCAGAUAUCAGGAGAUGGCCACAGGCGACUAUGAUGACCUUCAGGAAAGGUCAGCAGAGAAAAAUGUGUAUGCCACUCUACAGACUGACUGUACAAGCCAAGGAGGGGACGACUCUAUCAGAAGUGUUCAGGUUCCAGCAGACUUUAAAAUCAAUGGUAUUAAACAUGUCAAAAGUAUUGAGAAAAACACCAAAAAUGCAACAUCUGGUCAGGAGAAACAUUCACAAGAUUAUGUGAAUGUGGCAUCAAUGAACAAUCAAAGAAACUUACGUGAAGCCAGUGAAGGGGAAUGCCCGGAGUAUGUAUAGAUGGAGGCAUUCCAGUUAUGUAUCAUGUCCAUGAUUUAAACAGUUUGGAAACAUUUUGCUUGUUACUAUACCCAGUUUGGGAACAUUUUGCUUGUUACUAUACCCAGUUUGGGAACAUUUUGCUUGUUACUAUACCCAGUUUGGGAACAUUUUGCUUGUUACUAUACCCAGUAAUUGAUGAAAAUUUUGUAUACUUGGCAAUAUAUUUCAGAGAUAUAUGUUUAAAUUAAAUGAUGAAAAUCAAAAGGAAAUGGUACAGAAAGCUAAGGGAGUCGGUUGUUGCGUCAUAGCCAUGUACCUGGUUUCAACAAUUUUGUAAACAAAAUCAUUUCAUUUUUGCAUAUUGACAUGUUUUGAUAUUAUAAACAUCAAUCACCAUUCAUUGUUUGUUGUCCUUCAUGUCAUUUUUUUUCAAAAAUAUAGUUUAUUUUAUUUUUAAUGUGUUACAUUGUAAAUAACUGUUUUCGAAGCUUUGUUCAUGUUUAUAUAUUCUGAAACUGUUUAUAUUGAUGUUGCUAAAAAGUAUUCAUAUAUUUUUGUUGUUGAUUGAUUUAGCUGAAUGUUCUUACCCUUUUGGUAGCAAUUUCACAAAAUUUAAUUUUAAAAUAAAACCUUAGGUUUUUUGUCAGAAUUUUGUCAUUUUAAUUUUUAUCAGAUAAAAUAUGUUUAUUGUUUGAGAUUUUUUAGAAUAAGCAGAUUUUUAGCUGACAGAUUUUUAAUAUUUUUGUACAGAAUAAGGUGAUUUUCUAUGUUAAAUGACUAUAAUAUUGCAAGUAUUAUUUUUGCCUGUCGAAUCUGGUCAAACUACAAGCAUCUUAUCAGACUUGAUCUCCAAGGGAUGAUUUUACUAUAAAAUGAUUAAAUUAUUUAAUAAAAAGAUAUUCUUAUAGGCAAUGAUCUUAAGUCCCUCAAUCUCAUGUAAUAAUUUUGGAAAGAUGCAAUGCACAUAUAAUGACAUCAAAGAAUGCUCAUGUUAUUAUGUGGUAUAAUCUCUGUAAUUUAUGUGUAUCUUCAUCUUUGUAGGAAAUGGGAUGCAGAAGUGCAGCUGUUUGUUACAUAUUUGUAGGAAAUGGCAUGUGGUGCAGCUGUUUCUUGUGUAUUUGUGGGAAAUGACAUGUAGUGCAGCUAUUUCUUGUGUGUUUGUGGGAAAUGACAUGUGGUGCAGCUAUUUCUUGCGUAUUUGUGGGAAAUGACAUGCGGUGCAGCUGUUUCUUGUAUGGUUGUAGGAAAUGGCAUGUGGUGCAGCUGUUUCUUGUUUGGUUGUAGGAAAUGACAUGUGGUGCAGCUGUUUCUUGUAUGGUUGUAGGAAAUAACAUGUGGUGCAGCUGUUUCUUGUUUGGUUGUAGGAAAUAACAUGUGGUGAAGCUGUUUCUUGUUUGGUUGUAGGAAAUGACAUGUGGUGAAGCUGUUUCUUGUAUGGUUGUAGGAAAUGGCAGGCAGUGCAGCUACUUUUGUGUGUUUGAAGGAAUGUGGUGCAGCUAUCUGUUGUGUGUCUGUCUGCUAGUUCAACUCACAAGAGCUUUUGCAGUAUCAUUUGACUUUAUUUUCACAUUGAUAUUUUUUUUAAACGUCUACAUUUGUGUUUGGUUUUAAUAGAUUUCAAAGUAUUUAAAGCUCAUAUUUUUUAUUUAAAGCUUCUCAUAUUUUUAUACCUUUUUUAAGAUUUUCCAUUUCUGUUUUAGCUAACUAAAACUAUUGAAUGAUUUUAUAUUGUUAUUAUGUAUUUUCAUAAUGACUUGAGGAUAUGGUCUUACACUCAUACAAGUUCAUAACAGUGCACUCGGGGUAAUUUUGAGCUUACAAGCACAAAUCUGGUUAGUCUUAAGUGGCAAUUGAGGAUAUUCGAAGGAAGACAAUCUUACUAAACUACUGCUGACUUCAAUCUCAUCACUAUAACAUGGAACAUACCUUCAUUUCAUGUUAUCCUGGAAGGACUGUUGCUACUUCAGAAAUAAGAAGAUAUUAAUGUGAGGAAUCAAUCAAAUUUGAAGCAUUGGCAAUUAAAGUGUUGCUCCAGAAGGUUGACAAGACACUGUAAAGUUGCACUUAAAUGAGAACGAGGGCCAUGAUUACAGACAGUGUCCAGACAAUGGACACAGAAAAGCACUUUUAUUAAAUUGCAAAAAAUAAAUCUUUAUUCCAUUUGUUUUACAAAAAUAAAUGAGAAAGAUAUCGAUAAUAAAUUCAGUAAGAAAGAAUGUUACAAUGAAGUGAAGAUUUGAAAGUUUCGCCACUUUAGUCUGAACUCAGACAUGAGACUGUUUGUUAUCACGGCCACAGGUUAAACAAAAUUUCACUAACAACUUGAGUUUGAGACUUUGGACCCAAAUUGAAAACUGCAAUUUCACAUUUUUUGUGACAAAUCAUUUUAUUGAAGAUAUGUAUUUCAAAAUUUGAAACACAAAACAUUUUCAAUAAUGAAUAUGGGCCCUGCAGACGAAUUUGCACAGCAUUUUUCAUAUUUUAUUCUGUAUGCAUGUAUAACAAUUAUAUGUAUUUCUUACCCUCUUAAACAAAACAUAGGGCAAAACAUUUUACAUUUGAAAUAUCAACAUGUAGGUACUAGCAACAACUUUGGAAAAUAUACAAAAAAUAUCCCUUUUGUUCAAAGUGUAUUGAUAAUAGUAUUGAAAAUCUGAUUAGGUUUCAACUAUCUUUGAGAUUUCUAUAUAUAUACAUAUACACGUCAUCAUACUACUUCUUUUGAGUUUUCAAUUUUGUGAUGUUAAUAUUAUGUUAAUGUACAGGUAUUGAAAGAGAAAAAACCCAUUGCGCAUAAAAACCCAUGGCACAUGUCUCCAGCAAGCAUUUGAUGCAGUCUGUCUAGUCAUUAACAGAUCUUUUAUUUAUUGUUUGCCACAAAAAAUCAAUGUGCUCAAGGUUAAGAUAUUGUGAAAGGCGACUCAGACGGCCGCCUUCUGUGGUCAUUUUCCUUCAAACAACUUCUCCUCCUAAUUCACUGGGCCGAUUGAAACCAUUUCUUGGUUGGUCCUCUUCCAGAUUCCUUACAAAAAUGGUUCCUUGUAGGCCAUGACAACCAACAGGCCUGUUUCUAAAAUAAUUUACAGAAAUGUUCCUGAGGUUUUUUAGUUUUUUUUAUUAUUUUCCUUACAGCCAUGUUGGUUUCUUUAAAACUUUGCAGACAGGUGACAUGGCAAGUUUUCACUUUAUGACGAUAUGGAAAACUUUGAAAAUCUCCUCAGAAACUGCUGGCCAGAUUUGGAAAUGUUCACAUAGUGGCCUUUUAUCAGAUUCCUUUUUUCUGCUCUCAAUAAUAUCAAAGAAAUGUUUCUUAGGUGACCCUUUAUCAAACUCUUCCAAGCCAUGUUGGUUCAUGGAAAACAUGGCCGCCAGGGGUUUGGGCUAGUUUAACAUUGACUUGUAUAAGAAAAUGUUAAAAAAAUCUUCUCUAAAACAAGAUUGUUUUGAGCGAACAAUUAACUCCUGGAACAUACAGGGCCAACUUGGCUCUCUUGUUUGUUAAAAUUAUGAUAAAGAAAACUUGAAUACUGUACAAUGCACUUUGAAUGUUCUAAUGAAUCUUCAUUCUAUGAUCUCUUCAUCAAUAUAUUGACAGGGAAGCUACAAUUACAUUCUAAAUGAUAAUUAUGUUGUGCUUGCCUGAAUUUUCUGGCAAAAUAUACUGGAGUGUAUUGUAAUGAACCGGCACUUCCCUCUAUAAUGGCCAUAGUUUACAGAUAAUUUAAGUAUGACAUUCAUAUUUUUAACUAUCAUUUAGAGUUUAAAACUGUGUACUUAUUAAGAAAAUUACAAUCGACUUGUUAAGUUUAUUAUUAUGAAUUUAUGAUUAUUUUUUUACAUUUAAAAUUGAAAAUUGGUAUACAAAUAUUGUUUGUACUAUUAGAGAUUUCUAUUUAGAACAAUGAACUGCGGAUUAUUUCAUGUUGAAAUUGAAUUGUGUAAAGUUUGAAUAAAGAUCCAUAAAUAUGA